UUUAAUGGCUUAAAAUUUAAGAUAAAUUUCUACCCAUUCCUUUUAUCUCCUCGUCGGAAGAAUGCUCAAUGAGCUAUCCUACACCAAGCUUAAGCUGCUUUUCAUCAAUGUCUUUGCCAUAUUGCACAGUGCCACCUAUUUAAAUGUAUAUCGCUUAUAUGCAGACUUGAAAAACGUUAAAGCUGGUGUUGAUGGCUCUAAUGAGGAGAUAUGGAUCAGGGAGAUCUUCACUUUCCUCAUCAGUGGUCUUAUAGUGGUGCGCUUUUUUCUAUGUUUUGUCGGAUUGGCUUCGAACAUUGUAGCCAUAUACCCCAUUCUAACCAACUCCCAGGCUGAGAUGCUUAUGCCCACCAUCAUAGUGCAGGCCAUUGACAAUGUCAUCCUUAAUCUCUACGAGAUUAUUUUGGGCUAUGGCAGUUUGUGCUAUCUGUAUCCUGAUAGUACGGCUAUUUUUAUCUUUUUUCUUUUUAAAAUGGGAGUCAAGAUUGGCUGCAGCAUCUCUGCCUUAAACAUUUAUUCGGAUCAGCAUAAUCACUUGGCCACUCUAGUCACCUUCAACGAGGAAUCGCACAGCUUGGGACCAGACAGUGUGGAUGAAGUGGAGUUGGCAAACCAAAAUUUUUAUGUUUCUUAGCUAUUUGUCUUUUUUUGAUAGAAUCCAAUUGAAUAAUCAAUGGCUCAAAAUAUUAAUCUAAAUGUAAUUGUUGGAUUAAUCCUAAGUUAAUUUAUCU